GUCAAUAUUAUUGCAUAAUGAUAACCGUAAUGUUGAAACUUUUUGUACUCUUAUUAAUAUUUUUCCCUACAUUCAUAAUAGGUUUAUCAGCGUACAAUGUGAAGAGCCUAGGAGCGAAAUCCGAUGGGAAAACGGAUGCAACCAAGGCUUUUGUUAAGGCAUGGAAUGAAGCUUGUAAUUCGUUAGGAAAAUCGAAAAUCCUAGUGCCUAAAGGAAGGUACUUAAUCCAAAAUGCCAUUAAAUUCGAUGGAAGGAAGUGUAGAAGUACCACUAUUGAUAUCGAUAUUAAGGGCAGUAUUGUCGCGCCAUCUGAUUAUCGAGCUCUUAAGGACUCGGCGAUUUGGCUAUCAUUUGAGUCAGUGAAUGGAGUUACUAUAACUGGAGGGAAGUUUGAUGGAAAAGGUGCUGAUUUGUGGAAUUGCAAGAUGUCCGGAAAGGGUGGUUGCCCAGGAGGUGCUACGAUUUUGGCGUUCUCAAACUCCAAUAAUAUUGUUAUAAGAGGGUUGACGUCAUUAAACAGUCAAUUAUUCCACAUUGCGUUUAUUGGUUGCAAUAAUGUGAAAGUACAAAGUGUGAAAGUGCUUGCUCCUAAUAACAGCCCUAACACAGACGGCAUUCACGUACAAAGCUCAAAUGGUGUAACUAUAUUGAACUCCAAGAUUAGCACCGGUGACGAUUGUGUUUCGGUGGGCAGCGGCACAUCAGCUCUUUGGAUUGAGAAUGUCUUGUGUGGUCCUGGUCACGGAAUCAGCAUUGGGAGCUUAGCAAAAGAAAUGAAUGAGGCGGGCGUACAAAAUGUGACCGUUAAAAAUGUUACAUUUGUUGGCACCCAAAAUGGUGUAAGGAUCAAGUCUUGGGGGAGGCCUAGCAAUGGAUUUGUGAAGAAUGUUGUAUUCCAACAGUGUAACAUGAUUAAUGUACAAAAUCCUAUAUUAAUUGACCAAAAUUACUGCCCCAGUAAAGUAGGAUGUCCAGGAAAGGUUUCCGGGGUGAAAAUUAGUGAUAUCAUAUAUCAAGAUAUUCACGGAUCAUCAGCAACAGAAAUCGCCGUAAAAUUUGAUUGUAGCUCAGAACAUCCUUGUAAAAACAUAAUAUUAGAUAAUGUAAAGCUCACCUACAAAGACCAACCAUCAGUUUCAUCAUGUACUUAUGCCGAUGGAUCUACAAAAGGUAUGAUAGUGCCAACGGGUUGUUUGUAGCUACAAGUGUGCACAUGAUGUACCUAUAGUAUGCAUGUUUUGCACAAGUGUGCUAUAUUUGUAUGUAUAAUAUAAGCACAUUGUUUACUUUAUAUGUAAGUUAAUCUACAUUAAUGUAAUUAUGCCAAACCCGUUUAUAGGAGUUUGGAUGCUAAUCUACAUUUUGAAGAACUUGUACUUUGUUUAAGGAGAUUUUGCAUGCCAUUCAUACAUAG